AUGUCAUAUUCACCUGCUAUACAUGACCCUAGAUCAUAUUGUGUUUUACUAAAUACAUCAAAAAAUUCUUCACACAAUUUUUCUAAUUUUUGUCUAUCUUCUCCCUGUACUGAGCUUUUAGAAAAGUCUACCUUGAAUGUCGGAUUUGCUUCUACAGUGUUUACAUAUUCAUUGACAUUAAUGUUUUCUACCUGUGUUAACCAUGGCUGUUCAUAAAUUGACCAAACCUCAUCAGCCAGAGCAAUGUGCAUUCCUUUACAUAUGUGCUUUGGUUCAGUUGUUG